AUGGCCCCCGGUAUCGUCUCUCCCCUCCCGGGUAACCACACCUCCCCCUUCUACUCCAGCCUGCCUGGUAACUCCCGGCAAGUAUCCGGUCUCUCUACUGUCUUCGACAACGACAGCAUCUCUAACCAUGGCCGCUCCUCGCGCCGCGAGUAUUUCACGCCGCGGAAGUUCAACGGAGCUGGCAACUCCAACAUCACUAGCGUCGUGCAGUCCCUGCACCGUCGCAGUGGUGAAGAGCUUGGCGUUGACACCUUCGCUCUUAUGAACACCAAAUUCCCCGAUAUUAUUGAGUGGAUCCGGAAUCAGCGUAUGAGCCACCUGCCCGCUGAGGGAAGCAACUAUGACAAGGUCCUUGCUUGGGCCCAGCUGUUUGUGGAGCGCUUGAACAGGUUCGAAGAGCACAUCCAGGGCUUCGCCGGUGAUAGCUAUCUCGCCGCUCAGCUCUCCUAUGGCUACUGCUAUAUGCUCCUUCAGCUUGGCAAGGAGAACGCCUCGGCAUUGAUGAUUUCCUUCGGCUUCUUCUACAGCACAUCCUCCACGCUGGUUAACCUCCUUGAGCGGACUGAGCUGUUCGCCAUCUCUCAAGAGAUCAAGGAACAGCUUAUCCUGGCUCUGGCCGACCUUGUUACUCUGGUCUCCAAUGUGUCUACUCAUUUCCACCAGGCUAUCCGUAGCUUGACUGCGGAUUCGGUCUCCGUCAACAUCUAUGACACCUUCCCCCACCAGAUUCAGACCUUCAAGGACCGCUGCUCCAAGAUUGCGGAGACUAUGUGGCGCCACCAGCUCGCCCAGGAGAACAUUGAUACGGAACGGGUUUCCGUUGUCAAGUCCGUUCGCUCCUGGCUCGCUCCCGAAGACCGCGUCCUCAACCACCUUGCCGAGAACUCCUCCCACCUUGCUCACGAGCGUGAAGAGCUGACCUGCCUGUGGAUGGGCCCAUACUUGACUCGCUUCCUGAAGAGCCAUAACCACACUCUGUCCUUCUCUGGCAAGCCUGGAUCUGGAAAGACCGUGUUGGCUUCCGUCAUUGUCGACCGUCUGCAGGAUCAGGUUGGUGGGGUCACUUAUAAGACUUUGUUUGUUCCCAUCAAUGCCCGCAUCCCGGCCGAGACUACUCCCACCGCCAUCGCGAAAACUAUUCUCUACCAGCUCUUUGAGAAGCGUAUCGGUAAUAUCCAGCUUCUGCAGAUUCUCGGCGACGCUUUCGAGCGUAGCCGCAAGACUACCGAUGUUGCUGAGUACGAGGGCAUCCUCUGGACCGCUCUUCAGCGCGCCCUGGCUGCCGCCCUCCCUGGCGCGAAGGAGCUGGUCAUCGUCGUUGACGGUCUUGACGAGGCCACUUGUGGUGAAUCCACUCUACUCAAGAAGCUCUCCUCUGCUGCUGUCGGUGGUGUGAACGUGAAACUGAUCACUCUCGGUGCCGAGAAGCCCCCCUCCACAGAGAAUGUGAUGCACGUACCCAUCAGCGAAGAGCGUAUCUACGAUGAUGUCUCCAUGGUUGUGCGCGCCAACAUAGAGCACAGUAAGACCUUCAUCGAUCUCUCUGAGUUUGAGCAGGAGUCCGUCAUUGAUCAGAUUACCGAGGCCUCUCGCGGCUCCUUCCUGUGGGCCAAGCUUGCCACGAAGAAGGUUCGGCAUGAACACAACCCUGACAACUUCCGCAAGACCCUGGAUGCCAUGAUCAAGAGCCCCCCGAGUAUCACUGACUUCGUGAUUCACACUUUGUCUUCCCAAGAUGUCAGCGAGGAUGCCAAGCUUAUGCUCCUGUGGCUUGCCACUUCCGAUCGCCCCCUGCUGCUGAAGGAGCUCGCCACUCUGGCUUCCAUCCAGGUUGACAAGCAGACUGUAUCGAAUGACAAGGUCGACGCCCUGCACGUCCUCAAGCCUCUGGUUUCUCUUGUCUUCCUCCAGGAUGGCCAGGUGUAUCUCCGUCACGGCCUGAUCCGCAUUGCUGUGUUGGAUGUGUUCCACAACGGCAAGCUUAUCCCCACUAUCAAGGACCGCCACCAUGACUUCGUUGCUCGUCUGCUGGUCUACAUUAAGAGCACUGUCACCGAACAACACCCUCCCUCGCUGAGUCCUCUGGACCCUCACGACACCACUCUGCUGGUGCAGAGAAACCCUCUUCUGGACUUCGCUGUUCGGUACUGGCCUCACCACCUGACUCAGACUACGACCUACACCACUGGUGGUGAUGCCUCUAUCGGCAAGGAGUUCAGCAAGAUCUUCCCUGCUUCUAUCACUUUGCUGUUGCUCCAGAACACCCUCUGGCAAAACAUCUCCACCCCGACGCUGGUGACUUUCCAAACCACCGUCACCAACCUGUGCCGCAACAUCCUGACCACCAAGAAUGUUGUAACCCUGCAGUCCCUCAUCAAUCUGGCAAUCCUACGCCGUGAUAUCAGCAAGGUCCCGGAGGCCAUUCCUCUUUUCUACGAGAUUGUCACUCUUAGCAAUACUCUGCUUACCACCAAGCACAUUGUGACUAUGCAGAUGGCUACUCUGUUCCUCGACCUCACCGUGGACCAGAUUACUAGCAGCAAGACUGAUCUCAUGACGAAGCGCGAGGAGAUCCUUCUGGUACUGAUCGAGACCUACAAGGUUCACUACGGAGCCACCUCCGAGAAGGUUGUCGUCACUCUCCGCACUCUGAUUGAGCACUACCGCUUGACCAAGGAGGAGAAGAAGAUCCAGCAGAUCCAAAUCCAGAUCCAGACCAUCACUGGUCAGUACGGUGGCGAUGACGAGGACAACCGUGACCUUCACGUCCAUCUGAAGGGUCACAAACAUGAUGGUGAGACUGGGAUUCGCUUUGUCUUGGACGUUGAGGAAGAUGAGGUUGUGUCCGAGUCCUUUGAUUUCGAGGCUCUUAUCAAGCUGGCUCAGAAAUACACCGCGGAGAGCCGUAUUAUGGAGGCUGAGCGCAUCUACAUUGAAAUCUGGCAGCGUGCUAGCAAAGAAUGCCGCAUUCAGUACUCUGAACACUGGGAACAGAUCAAGCUCAAGGCUAUUGUUGUCUACUCCCAGUUCCUUCAAACCCAGAAGCGCGAGGUCGAGGCAUCCUCGAUCAUGUCUUCCGUAUACGAAGAGUACCGCUCUUCCACCACGACGGUCUCACAGAGCACCGCUUCCCACUUCAACCAGAUCGCCAAGAUUAUGACUGCUGUGGGCAUGUCGGCUGCUGCUCUGACCAUCUUCAAGAAGGUCGCUCACUACUACCAGAGCACCAACAGCACUCAAUCGACAAUGUACUCUGAAAUACAGCAGAGCAUCUCCAAUACCUCCCAGUAUGUGAUGCAGUCGGCUAGCUCCUCGUCUUCCUCAUCUGUGUCCGAGACCGUUCUGGAAGAGAUUGUGUACGAAGCCUCGAGCUCCAGCUCCAGCAUCAGCCAGAGCUCGUUCACUGCCACUUAUACCCUGGUUGAGCUCUAUAUCGGCCAGCACCGCUGGAAAGAUGCCACCCGCGUUGUCAAGAAGGUCCUCCAGAGCCUCUGGCCCUCGCUGCUUGCUUCCUCCAUCCAGGAUGUCGUCCUGCCCAGCCAGCACGUCGAGAAGUGCAUUGACCUUGCCGAGCGCCUCAGCAAGUGCUACCACUUCCGCCGUCGCUUCCCUCGUGAGGAGAACAUUCGCAUACGCGUCUACCGUGCCGUCCGUGCUGCUAAACCCGUAGAUGACAAGAUCCGUGAGCGCGUCACCGAGGAGCUGGUCCGCUUCUACGACCACUCCUCCCAGCCUGAUCGGGUCAUCACCACCCGCCAGGAGAUCCUUGAGGAUUACAUCAAGCACUACGGCCCUGGGCACUCCACUGUUAUCAAGAUUCUGUGGAACCUGGCCGAGCUCACUCAUCCUCGUCCCAUCUCCAUAGAGUACUAUCAGCGCAUCAUCCGCGCCCUGAACAAGGACUCGCCCAACUGCCACCCGGAUGCCAUUAAGGCUCUGAUGAUUGUGUUGACCGAGCUCUACAACCAGAGCCGCUAUACCGACGCCGUGCCGUACUACUCGCUGCUGUUCACCACCUGGUUGAAUGACCCCAAGAAAAGCCCCAAGUUCCAGGACACCACCUUUGUUCAGGAAUUCUUUACCCGGUACACUCAGUGCCUCCGCAGUAUCCGCACAGACUACACUGUGAUCCACAAGAUCACCACUGACUACCAGUCUAAGGUCAAGGUUAUCUUCGGUGCAACCGCUUCGAUCACUAUCCAGGCUACCCUGACGCUCGCCAAGGUAUGCCAGGAGUCCAAGCGCUAUGAGUCUACUGCCAUCACUCUCUACGAGGAGCUCCUCAAGAUCAAGACCGAGGAGUUCGACCACGAGGAGAUCCGCGCUACUCUGGAUGGCAUCUACGAGGAGCAGACUUCCCUUGCUAUCAAGUCCGACUCAGUCUCUGAUGAGAUGGUUUCGCGUGCUUCGAGAAUUCUUCGUAAGCGCGUUACCACAAUUCGUGAGCAGCACGGUUGGGCCCAUGAGGAGUCCCUGGUCCAGCUGACUGAGAUGGUCAACUUCCACUACAAACACAGCAAGAUCGAGUCUGUCCUCGAGGAGCUGAAGCAGUCUACUGUGCACAUCCUGUCCUCGGAGACUUCCUCCGUUGCCCUGGCGUCUGCCGCUGUUACCAUUGCUGGUAGCUACAUUGCCACCAACCAGAUUUCCAAGGCCACGCAGCUGUCUGAGGAACUGUACCGCCAGGUGAUCAUGAAGGAUACUUCGAAGAUCAAGGAGUCGCAAUUUGACCUUACCACCAAGGGUCGCCAGAGCCUGGUAUUCCUCGCCCAGCUUGAGCACAGUCUCCACCAGCGCACCUCGACCAUCACCGAGAUCCUAGCCGCUCUGACCACCGAGUACGUCUACUUCGAAGAGUUCCGCAGCCGGACCGUUUCCAAGACCAGCACCUUCCAGUCGGUCUCUCUGUCUGCUUCUCGUCUGUACCACUUCCUGCUCCGCAGCAACCGCCACGUCGUCGCUACCCGCGUCUUGGAUGACUACGUUGCCUACUUCCUCAACACUGAGGGCAAGCGUAUCAAGUUGACAGAGACCGCUCAGGUCAGGAUCUUGCUGGUUACCAUCCUGGACCAUUUCAACACCCACCAGUCCUCGAACUUCAUCCGCUCGGUUGGUAUCGCCGCCAACUACCGUGUCAUUAACCUUCUUCAAAAGAAGAGCUACGACGACGCCGCCAACCUUGCCAUCGCUGCCUUCCGCUAUAUCUCCGCCAAUGAGGUCUACCGCACCCCGGCCAUCGUCAAGUUCGUUUUCACCCUUGGUGUUUUCAUCACUGGGCGUACCAUCACUCCCCAGCCCGAUGCUGCCGUCCAGAAGAAGUUGCACGGCGUCUCCGCCGUCAUAAUCCAGGAUGUCCUUCACACCAUCAGCGACCUUAAGAUCAACCUGGCCCAGAUCAGCCUAGAAUAUCUGAACAUCCUGAUCGGUCUCCUUGGCGAGCAGAAGGACUACAAGAACCUCGUCUGGCUGCUGUCCGGCCUCUGGAACAACCGCAAUCAGCAAGCCAACUGGUCUCCCGCCAUCACCAUCCAGCUGGCUCGCCGCUAUAUCCUAGCCCGCUACAUGGUAGGCGACGCCCUCAAGGCUUCCCGUCUCGCUGAGGACAUUGUGUACAACUGCCGUCGUGUCAAUGGUGCCCGCCACUCCAGCACCCUGGAGAUGUCCACCUUGCUCACCCAGCUGUACACCGGCAUCGCCCAGCGCUACCAGUCCGAGAAGGGCGGCCAGCACAUGGCAAAAAAGUACUACAAGAAGAGCGCCAGCGUACACGAGAACCUCCUCCGCGUCUUUAUCGACCCCCACUUCGCCGAUUUCGAGGGCGGUCUCGACAGCAGCCGGAGCAUGGACGGCUCCGCCUACGACAUCGACCUCGCCGACUCUUCCAACGGCCAAUCUACCAUCUCCGAGGGUGAGCAGGUCCGCCAGCACCUGCAGCUCCUCAAGCUGUCUGUGCAGCGUCUCGGUGACUGGCCGAAGGACUUUGCCGAGUACGAGCGUCUGAACGCUGAGCUUUUCCUUGAGUUCCGUGACGACCUUCAGGGCAUUGAGGGUGUUGAGAAGUGGAACUUGAAGAGUUUUGGCUCUGGUAAGGCUGCUAGCAACGAGGAUACCCUCAGUUUGGACUUUAAGUCUUGGGAGCUGGAGCUCCAGCCGACUGAGGAGGUUGAGGAGGAACUGUGA